AGCAUGAAAUCAAUAUAAUUCACAAUAGAAAUUAACAGCAAAAUAUUAUUAAAUUCUAGUAGAUACUAUCAUUUGUUGAAGACUUCCAUCUAAGGAGGAUCAGAAAGCAUUCUAGUAGGGUGGAAGACACACACACACACACUUACAAGAUUAAAACUGUAUCUUUGUAAUCACCAGGAUUGAAAGAGUUGAAAAGGAAUAACUUUCUCACAAAGUGAGUCAAUGUUACUUAAUGUUGGUUCUCUGUACUAAUAAAAAAUCCUCUCUUACUACCCACAGAGUAUGGUUACCCCAUAUCGUUUUCAGAAUGAGCUCAGAAAGUAUUCAUCAAAGCAGAGAAGGCUUUAAAACAUUGAUCUCUCAGAAAGUCCAUAAUAUCUGCUUUCUUUUGAUCUGGUCAAAUUAAUAAACUUGGUUAUGUUUCCAGGCUAAAGAGGAAAUGAUGGACAAUCGAAGCUACUCUAAUCUGCCAGAAAAACUGCCUGCUGUCUCUGAAUCUGCCCACCUGCCACUAACCAGGUCUUUCUAUCUUGACCCCAUGGUCACUUUCCACCUGUAUCCUGAUGCCCCAGUGCCGUCACCUUACUCUGAAGAUCUGCCAUUGCUGCCUUUUCCCAGCGAUUCCCUGAUCAUGGAAAAUUACGGUGAACCCUGCCCCUUCGCCUUCCCAAUGUCUUAUCCAAAUUACAGAAGGUGUGAAUACUCCUAUGGGCCAGCCUUUAUCCGGAAAAGGAAUGAACGGGAAAGGCAGCGGGUAAAGUGUGUCAAUGAAGGCUAUGCCCAGCUCCGACAUCAUCUGCCUGAGGAGUACUUGGAGAAACGACUCAGCAAAGUGGAAACUCUCAGAGCUGCCAUCAAGUAUAUUAAUUACCUGCAGUCUCUUCUGUACCCUGAUAAGGCUGAGACCAAGAAUAACCCUGGGAAAGUUUCCUCCCUUAUGGCAGCCACCAGCCACCACACUGACCCUAUUUUCAGAAUCAUUUGA